AAUUGGCUAGUCCACAUCCUCUGGUCGGGUCUUUGGAAAACAGGUAGGCGCUAGGAAGCUAAUACGCAUAAAGGUGUGGGAAGUUUAAUUGUUUCCAUUUUCAGCCAUUUCUUCCUCAGCGAUGUGAGCCUCCGCCAAAGUUCCAAACUUUCUCUCCAUUGCCGAACACCCAUCUCCUCCCUCGCUCUCUGCAUGUUCGUCUUCUCACUUUGAGAGCCUGGAGACGAACGGGGAGUGAAUUCCAAGUGACACCCAAGUUGGAUCUGGUUGAGACUUUUUGUCAUUCUUUGGUUGUUUUGGGCUGCUGAGUUGGCGAUUCUUGUGAAGAGGGGAAGAGGAUCGGACAUGGGUAUGGCUGCUCAAGAAGCAAUCAGGCAAUUGCAGUCUUUGAUGGAAGAAGUGGACGAGCCACUAAGGCGUACAUAUGAGAAUAUCCACCAAGGGUAUCCUAAUGAAACUUUGGUGCGGUUUUUGAAAGCAAGAGACUGGAAUGUUCCAAAAACCUAUGAAAUGUUGGUAGACUGUCUAAAGUGGAGGAUUGAAAAUGAGAUCGACAAUAUUUUGGCGAAUCCAAUUACUCCUAUAGAAUUGUAUAGAGCAGUGCGAGAUUCUCAGCUUCUUGGUUUGUCAGGUUAUUCUAAAGAGGGUCUUCCAGUUAUUGCUAUUGGUGUUGGGCUCAGUACAUAUGACAAAGCAAGUGUCAAUAAGUAUGUGCAGUCCCACAUCCAAAUGAAUGAAUAUAGAGAUCGAGUAGUGCUGCCCCAGGCCACAAAGAAGCAUGGGCGAUAUAUUGGCACAUGCAUUAAGGUUUUGGAUAUGACUGGCUUGAGGCUUUCAGCACUGAACCAAAUCAAGCUUCUGAGUAAUAUAUCCUCGGUUGAUGACCUGAACUAUCCAGAGAAGACGGAAACAUACUAUAUUGUUAACCCACCUCGAAUAUUUUCAGCUUGUUGGAAGGUUGUGAAGCCCCUUUUGCAAGAGAGAACAAGGAGGAAAAUUCAAGUGCUGCAUGGUAGUCCAAGAGAUGAGUUAUUGAAGAUAAUGGAUUACUCGUCCCUCCCCCACUUUUGUAGAAAAGAAGGCUCUGGAUCAUCCCGGCAUUCUGAGAACGGGGUAGUCGAUAACUGUUUCUCCCUCGAUCACCCCUUCCAUCAACAGCUCUACAACUUCAUGAAGGAGCAAGCCCUGCUCAUGGAGUCGGUGGCCCCGAUAAGGCAGGGUUCCUUCCAAGUUGCAAUUCCUGCCCCGGACUCAGAAGACCUGAAGAUUGCUCGGACCAUAGAAUCGACGUUCCACAUGUUUGGGAAUCAGAAUGGCAUUGUUCGUUCACUAAGUGGACUAAAAGUAAGUGGUAACUGAAGGCUGACUUAUGCUGACUACAACCUCUGCAGAGAAGAUGCAACGGUACUAAGAGAAAUGCCCCUUUCUAUUACAAGAGGGGAUUUUCGUAUUACGGCAUUUAGUUGCAUGCAAAUGCAAUCUGCUUGAUGGAGGCUUUGUAGGGGAGAGACCCUGUGCACCACACUUUGAUAUCGUUAAUUAGUAGUAGCCGACCACUUUGAUUUAAAUUCUAAUGAUGUAAAAGCUUGCAUGCCGUAUUAGCUGGUAUGUGUCUGGAAUCAUUUAAGCCUUCCUGAAAGUGCCUUUCCUCCUAAAAAGUGAAGGAUAAGAAAUCAUGUUGCUCGCGACUGGCGAGGCAAUAUUUGCAUUUCCUUGGUCCUGGGUGGCUCAUAUCACAUAUGUUAUGACAGUGUAAAGUCCUUUUCUGUAUUCCCCAGCUGAAGUUAUAUGCAGUAAGAAGACACUUAUUACUUA